UGCGUGCCCAAUCGCCCGGCUGCAUCCCCGCAACACCUCCGCGACCCAUCUAGCAGCAUGUCACGAUGCACCGGCGUUAUCGCGAACGAUAGACGCAAAGCGUCACUCGCCUUUUGCAUCGUCUCACAUCGCACCCAGGCGACACCAUCAAGUUCGCGACGCAAGCGAAGAGUUAGAGAGAGUGCUAGUGGCUUCAAGGCAUCCGCGGUUUCAAAGGCUACUAUUUCCAUCAACACGUUGAAACAUCGCUCGCGAGACCCAUAAGACGGGGCAAUCGGCCUCUAGAACCAUCGCAAUGCACUCCCUCAAGUGCUAAACACACAAAUGGUACUCUGCAACUAUUGCGCCGCUGAAAAGAUCCAAAGGGAAGCCGCCGAAGCGUCGCAUCCACGCGCUUUAGCAUCGCAUCCAGUCCCUUCACCACAACCCGAAGAAUACCUCCGACCUUCAAAACAACGAGAACUAUCCAUCAUCGAAGAAGCGCGCACCGAAUCGCUAAAAGCCGAGUCCCUCAACGCCGAGUCACUCAAGACAGGCCCGCCCACGCCAACCCAGCCACAGCCCAAAGAGCGCAAGUCGCGAGCACCAAAGAUGUCCAUCCCACCCCAGCUCCAGCAGCAACUGCGCCUGCUCAUUCGCGCAAACCACAUCCUGCACCACCACGGCCUCGUUGACGCAUUUGGCCACAUAUCCGUGCGCCACCCGCUCAACAAGGAGCAAUACAUCAUCGCGGGCUACGACCCCGGUGCCCCAGCACUCGUCAAGAACAUGAGCGACUUCAUUUCGUACUGGGUCAAGGACUCCACGUCCGUCGAUGCCGACGCGCCACAAGGCUACAGCGAACGCUACAUCCAUGGGGAGAUAUUGCGGAAGUUUCCCAAGGUGAAUUGCGUGGUGCACUCGCAUUCCGAGGACGUCAUUCCCUUCACUGUAGGACACGGUGCGCAAGAGCCGCAUCCUGUACGACCGGUCUUUCACAUGGCUGGGUUCAUGGGCCCGGGUGGCGCAUCGGUGUUCACAAUGGACAGUCUAUAUGGGACGGCACGAGCACCCUCGGAACACGAUCUGCUCAUCAAGAACGCGACGCUCGGUGCGGCGCUGGCGGCGCGGUUCUCAUCAGAGAACCCUGUGGUACUGCAGCACAAGCACGGGUUUACGACGUUUGGUGCUAGCAUCGAGGAGGCGGUGUACCGGUCGAUAUAUACGCAGAAGAACUGCAUACUGCUGCAGCGGGCGAUUGCUAUUGCGGGGGGUGAUGCGGAGGCGGUGUCGUAUCUGAGUGCGCAGGAGAUCAAGGAUUGUGCGGUUAUGAAUAGGAAGACAUUGGAUAAGUCGUUUAGGCUGUGGCUGAGGGAAGUCCAGGUCAAUCCGCUGUAUGAGAAUGAGGAGGGUGAGCCGGAGAAGGGUAAGGUUGCGGGGAUGAAGAUGUGAGAUAUGGUUGGCUGCGCCCCAGCUGCGAGGAACGCCAUGCUCGUAGACCUUACUGUGGAAAUUUGAUGACCUGGGAAUCUACAUUGCUCUCAAAUAUGUCGAUCUUCCUGUUCAACGCUAUUGUAGGCUGUAGACCCUAGAUGAUUUCAAACUCCUGAACUUGGACCUUGAAAGCUCCAUAAGCGAGAGGUAACAAAGUUGCGAUGCCUACGCGUCUGAACUCACUUCCCCCGACCUGCUGGAGGGUAAGAGCACAGUACACGAUCGUGAAGUCCUGCUGUACCUGGUAAAUUACGUCUCCCUAGCAAGCGUCAGUAUAAGCGGGUGGUGAUGAUCACAUGGUCAACUCUUACAAUAACAACCUUUUCC